AUGAUGAAUCACUGCAAGUUCAUCUUCAUUGUGCUCAUCGAGUUGAUUGAAAUUGAAAAGACCCUGAUUGUAUAUCAAGAAAAUGGCGAGAAUGAACUCACUUCGCUGCCAUCAACUGAUAAUGAGGAGCUGAACGAUGAGAAAGCAUCAGAACAGGCUGAAGAAGAAUUCAUGCGUCGCGCUGGUUUGAUUUCGCAGGGCAGUUUGGAGGAGAAAGUCUCA